UUUAUAGGCGCUACAUUGGGUGAGGCAGACCUGAACAUACAAACUGAAAAUGGCCAGAUUGGAAUGUCUACUAACAUUUGCUGUGUUGUUGUUGAAUACCUCCCUGGGGGCGCCUUAAAAACUUAUCUCAUAAAAAAUCAUAGGAGAAAGCUAGCUUUCAAAGUUGUAGUCCAAAUAUCUCUUGAUCUUGCAAGGGGGUUGAGUUAUCUUCACUCAAAAAAGAUUGUGCACAGAGAUGUAAAGACAGAAAAUAUGCUUCUGGAUAGGACAAGGGCUUUAAAAAUUGCUGAUUUUGGUGUUGCGCGAGUUGAAGCACAAAACCCCAAUGAUAUGACUGGAGAAACCGGAACCCUUGGUUAUAUGGCUCCAGAGGUUCUAAAUGGAAAUCCUUACAACAGAAAAUGUGAUGUGUACAGCUUUGGAAUUUGCCUGUGGGAGAUAUACUGCUGUGAUAUGCCAUAUCCUGACCUCACUUUCUCUGAAAUCACAUCUGCAGUUGUUCGGCAA